AUGGCUCCCAGGACAGGUGCUGAGGCCCCACUCGGAUCUGGGCUCUGUUUGGGGGUUGAAUGCCAAGCUGGCCACGCAACCUUAGUUCUGAUGCCCUUUGUCAGUGUCCUGGUGACAUGGCUUGAGGCUGCUAAAUUCACCGGGGGGUUCCAGGACCCCUGGAACAUCUCCCAUCCAUUCAAUGUGCAAAGGCUGGGUGCCGGACUCCAGAUUGCCGUGGACAAGGUCAACUCUGAGCUGGCAGACUUCGGAAAUUUCAGCUGGGAGUUUACUUACACCAACUCAACCUGCAGCGCCAAGGAGUCUCUUGCUCCUUUCAUCAACCAGGUCCAGAAAGAAGAAAUUUCUGCCCUGUUUGGACCAACCUGCCCAGAAGCAGCAGAGGUUAUUGGUUUGCUGGUCCCCAUGUUUGACUUUGUUGGACAAACAGCAAAACUGGAGAACAACUUCUUAUAUGACACCUAUGUGAAACUUGUGCCAUGCAUGGACAGAGUCGGUGAUGUGCUCCAGAAAAGCCUCCAGUACCUGGGCUGGAAACACAUUGGGCUGUUUGGAGGUCACUCUGGGACUUCCUCCUGGGAUGGAGUGGAUGAGUUGUGGAGGGUCGUAGGGAAUGAACUCAAAUCCCAUUUCAGCAUGAAAUACACCACCAACAAUCCAGCCUUUCAAGAGAAUCUUAGGAGCCUGUCAUUGAUUUCCAGAGUUCUUAUCUUAAUCUGCAGCUCAGAAGAUGCAAAACUUAUCCUGCCGGCUGCAGAGAACCUGGGACUCCACACAGGAGAAUUCGUCUUUAUCAUUUUGCAGCAGCUGGAGGACAGUUUUUGGAAGGAGGUAUUGACAAAUCAGAAGGCGAUGCACUUUCCCUCAGUCUACAAGUCAGUGAUUCUCAUAGCCCUCAGCUCCUCCCGAGAAGGCCCUGGAGAUGAAGGCUUCCGAGAGCAGGUCCACCGAAGGCUGCGGGGACCGCCCUUCCACGGCCCCCUCCACAUGCUGGAGCAGGUGAGCCCUUACUCUGCCUACUUUCACGAUGCAGUCCUGCUGUAUGCUGAGACCGUGAAGGAGAUGAUAACGGCCAGAAGGGAUUUCUGGGAUGGGCGGCAGCUCGUCAUCACUCUGAAAGGCUCCAAUCGGACUGCUUUGCAGGAAAUCACCGGCCCUGUGUUUGUGGACUUCCAGGGAGAAAGGCGCAUGGAUUACCGGGUCUAUGCCCUACAGAAAUUCCCAAACGGGCCCCUCUUUCUUCCUUUUCUUCAUUAUGACAGCUUUCAGGAAGUCAUCAGAUCAGUGUGGCCGCCUGGAGAAGGCAGCAGGAAAGGACUCUUUACAACAGGGCUUUUCAGCAGUGGCAACAGCAUUGAUGUUCAGGACGGGAUAAUCUUUGUGUGUGUGACUGCUGUGAUUUUCACCAUAACCCUCCUGAUUACCAACCUGGGAGCUGUCGUCAUAGGUCUGAUUUUAAGGAUACAGAGGGGGAAACUGCAGAGGCAAAAUAAAGAUCUUUGGUAGCAAAUCAAUUAUGAUGACAUCACCAUGCUGUCCCAGAACAAGCCAUCCCGGAGAGGCACACCUGUGUCGAGAGGGAACAACAGUAACUCAUCUAGUGUGAUGAUUUCUGGGGACUUCAGCUCCUUUGUUGAGAACCAGCAGGGCGAAGAGCUCUUUUAUGCCCCAGUAGGGCUUUACCGGGGAAACCACGUGGCCAUCUGUGAUGUUGGUGACCAAGCGCAAGCCUGGGUCAGGAAGCUGUCUGUGCUUCAGGAAAUCUGGCUGAUGUAUGAAUUAAGGCAUGAAAACAUUGUUCCCAUCUUUGGUAUCUGCACAGAAUCACCCAACAUCAGCAUUGUCACCCAAUAUUGCAAAAGAGGAAGCCUUAAGGAUGUUUUGAGAAACUCAGGCAAUGAAAUUGAUUGGAUAUUCAAGCUCUCAUUUGCAUAUGACAGAGUCAACGGCUUGCUGUUCCUCCACAGGAGCCCACUGGGAUCCCUUGGCAACCUGAAGCCUUCCAACUGCCUGGUGGACAGACAGAUGCAGGUGACGCUGUCAGGAUUUGGGCUGUGGGGACUCAAAUAUGGCCAGACGUACAGAACGUAUAACGAGAGAACGACGGACCGCUCGGGUAACCGUUGGCAGAUCUUGCACCCACUAGCUGUCAGGAGAGGGAGCUCUGCUGGACGGCUCCCAGAGGUGCCCCCGUCGGGCACCCUGAAGGGAGACGUUUACAGCUUUGCCAUCCUGAUGAGGGAGAUGAUCCACCACCAGGACCACGAACAUUUUGAUGAUCAAAACCUGGCACCAGAAGAAAUCAUCAGCCGGAUCAAGGACCCCAGGGCAUCAGUGCCACUUCGACCUUCCCUGUCAGAAGAGAAGGGAAAUGAAAAGAUGGUGGUCAUGGUGAAGGCAUGUUGGGAUGAAUCUCCAGAGAAAAGGCCCACUUUCCCUUCCAUCAAGAAAAUGUUAUAGGAAGCCAGUCCCAGAGGCCACGUGAAUGUACUAGACAGUAUGGUGAGCAAGCUGAAAGUGUACACCAAUCACCUGGAGGAGGUGGUGGAAGAGAGGACCAACUAGUUGAUGGCCGAGAAGAGGAAAGUGGAUCAGCUUCUGUCCACAGUGCUGCCCAGCUUCAUCGGAGAACAGCGCAUAGCUGGAAGAGCCGUGGAACCAGAGCAUUUUGAGUCCAUGACAAUCUUUUUCUCUGACAGUGUUGGAUUCACGAAACUCUGUUCUCUCAGCUUCCCGCUGCAACUUGUGCAGCUCCUUAAGGACCUGUACAGUUUAUUUGAUCACAUCAUUAAAACUUAUGAUGUGUAUAAGGUUGAAACCAUUGGAGAUGCAUACAUGGUGUCUAGCGGACUUCAUCGGAAUGGUACCCAAAACGUGGACGAGAUUGCCACGAUGUCCUUGCACUUCCUCAGUGCCACCAUCCACUUCCAGAUUGGGCACAUGCCUGAGGAAAAGCUUAAGCUCUGGAUUGGCCUCCACACAGGUCCCAUGGUGGCUGGCGUGGUAGGAAUCACCAUGCCCAGAUACUGUCUGUUUGGAGACACUGUGAACAUGGCAUCCAGAAUGGAAAGUAGCAGUUUGCCUCUCCGGAUUCAGGUCUCUCACAGCACUGCAGGCGCCCUGCUGGCGUUGAGAGGGUGUGAUUUGCAAAAGACUGCCACGAUUUCAUCUACAGGCAAAGGAGAACAAACAACCUUCUGGUUGAAGGGCAAAGAAGGCUUCACUAUUCCACUCCCCGAAUUUCCUGAGGAUGAAGCUAAAGUCCCAGAGAUCUUCUGA